UUGUCAGUGAUGUGACGACGAUUCAUUGAAUUGAAUGGUAGUGACAAACUUUAUAUUUUGAUUGAAUGAUAAUUCUAAUCGUGUAUAAUGAGUAAUAUUUAAAAUAACUUCUCGUUUUAGUGGUGCUUGUGUUUUAAUAUUUAAAAUGAGUUAUUGAAUUCGGUUUUUCUGAAAAAUAAGAUGGAAAUUGCUAAGGAACAGACUGAUAUUAAGCCGUCAACUGACUCUUUACCGACAAGGCCUGUGCCUAGGCCGUUUUCAAUCGAAGCGAUAAUGAGUGAUUGUGGACCAAAGAAAAAUCAACCGCCACCCCUGGUGUCAUGGAAUGUUUCACCAAUGCCUCAUCAGGAACCGUAUCAACAAAGUAAGGAUUUUGGGUCCAGGGAUACAGACUCCGAAAGCAGUUUGGAUAUUGACUUGGCGCAAGAUUUAUCUAGAAGAAGUCAAAAAGACGGCUCAGACCUAGAUGAUGAGGAUGUCGAAGACCUACAGAAUUCCGAUGGAGGUCAGUGUGAAGGCUCUGGGUCAACGAAGGCUAGGAGACGAAGGACGGCUUUUACAAGCGAACAACUUCUAGAACUCGAAAGAGAGUUCCAUGCCAAAAAGUAUCUUUCGUUAACAGAACGAAGCCAAAUAGCAUCCGCUUUGAGGCUCAGUGAAGUACAAGUAAAAAUAUGGUUUCAAAACCGACGUGCAAAAUGGAAACGUGUGAAAGCAGGCUUAGGUACAGGUACCCACCAAGGGCCGAAAGGCUCGCAGCAAAAAAGUAAAUUAGUCGUUCCUAUUCCGGUCCACGUCAAUCGGUUCGCCGUCAGAAGCCAGCACCAGCAACUGGAAAGGGCCCUGGGUGACCUUGCUGGUAGGGUUUUGGCAAGUCACGCCGCCCUUAGGGUAGGCCUAGAUCUACACGCGUUUCAUCCCCACGCUCAUCAUCAGUCACCACCCCAUUAGUGUUAUGUCGUAUAGUUAAUAACAAAAAACAUUAUCUCAUAUAGAAACCAGUGGAGUAGCAGAACUAAUGAAAUUGUUCGUAAUCUGCCCUAAAUUUUGACAGGUUUAAAAUGAAACAUUCAACUUAUUAUUUUUUUGAUGUCAGAAACAUUCUAAACACACAUAAAUACAAUCACCGGCACGAAAAACGGGCACCUUAAAAUUUUCAUGUAUUUUAAAGUUUUGUAUAUUGUGU